AGUAUUGAUGUAAGAUACCACUUUAUUAUCAUAUAAGCAAUCAAUCCAAUUAAAAUCACUUUUUCAUUACAAAUUGAUAGAAAAUGCAAGAUGAGCUUAGAUCCGAUGCAUGUUGUCGUGAUCUUGAUGAAUUUAAGGAUGUUGUGAAAGAACUAUUUGAAAAAUACAACAUUUCAAAAAAUGCAGAGCAACGAUAGGUCUUUGAGGCUUGUUCUCAGGUGCUUGAAGAAGCUGCAUCGUCAUUUGAUGAGGAUGUUCAUGGCUUUUCUUUUACAGUUGAAGCAGGGUUGAAACCCAAGUCCUUGAACACAAACUUUCCUCUUGCUCUAGUCUCAUUAGCUGCAAAGCCAAUGAAGGAUAGGUUAAAUGUUAAAUUUGAUCCCUCAACUUUAGUGAGUUGCACAUUUUUGGUCCCUUAACAAUUUUUUGCACUUUUUUGAUCCCUUAACUAUAUGAAAUGCACUCCGUUAGUCUUUCUGCU